ACGUGUUUACUGUUUACUACUCCUCCUUCAUCUGCUUUUUUCUUUUCUCAGGAAACACACAGGGAGCUAGUGAGAGAGAGAGAGAGAGAGAGAGUGCACGAUGCUCUUCAUUUUUGGCUUGUUUUCGGCUUCCAUUUCCAUCUUAACGCCAUCCAUCCAUCCAUAAAAACCCAUUCCCGAGCCUGGCGCAUGCAUGUUCACUGUCCACGAGCGUUCACGUCUGUUUUUCAGGCCUAGUCCUUUCUUCAGAUGAGCACUCGAGGUCUUGGGCCAGGAAAACUCUGUCCAUGUUUAACGUAGAUGACGUCAGGAAGGACGCAUUUGCCUGUAUUUCAGCAUUUAUUUUCAGUAAUUGGUUUUAAAUCUAUCUACAGGUCAUACCAGGAUCAUCGAGACUCAACGUUUCAUGAUCAAGGUUUCUGGCAGUAAAAAAAAUAUAUUAUAUAUCUGACCUAACAUGACUAUCUUGACAGGAAUGUUCCAGGUCUGACGGAAAUGUGUGUGUGUGUGUGUGUGUGUCCGUCCUGUGAGGCUGCACUGCAGCACACACAUUAUGUGAGGGGACCGGAACCGGUUGAAACCGGUUUGAGGCAGAUGAGGAACAAUGCAGUCCCUGUGCUACAGGGCAGAUAGCAAAGCUUCAAAAAAAAAAAUAGAAACCAGGGUGCAAAAGAAGCCUCGGUGCAUGUUCCCAGGGUCAUGUCAGGGUUUCAUACGGUUCUCCUUCUCAUCGCAGGUCCCUGCAUGUUUGAGACAGGGCCGGAUAGCCUCACGGACAGUCACACAUUAGCAUCUUUCUUUCUUUUUUUUUUUGGGUCACAAUAUCACAAUAUCAGCGUGGCUGCCCGGGCUAAGCCGUUGUUUGUCAGGCGUAAUGUGACCCAUGGAAAGUGGGAUUUUUUUCAGUGGAGAAAGCAAGCAAGAAUGGAAGGAAGGAAGGAAGGAAGGAGGGAAGGAGGGAGGGAGGUGUUUGGUGGUGGCAGAGGGUGAGAGAGUGGUGUGUUUGAGGGGGAGGAAGGAAGGAAAGAAGGAUGAAAGGAGGUUGUUUUGCAGUAAAAAUGGUCGGAAGCGAGGGGUUUUAGUUCAUUUUCAUAAGACCAUGGGUGACAUGAAAACCCCGGACUUUGAUGAUCUACUUGCGGCAUUUGACAUUCCUGAUAUGGUCGACCCCAAGGCCGCGAUCGAAUCCGGCCAUGAUGACAACGAGGCGCAGCUCAAACAGAGCGUCCACCACGAUGAGGACUCCCACAUUCCCUCAACACAAGAUGUCGGAGUGAGCGUUAUUGUCAAGAAUGUUCGAAACCUUGAUGCCAACGAUCACUCACUUUCAGACAAAGAUAUCCAUUCCUCAGUUGGUAACGGAAUGCACAACGGGUUCAUGGCCAUGUCGCCCAACAACAGGUUCAGCAAAGAUGGUGACAAGCUUCAAAAAGGUGGAAAUCAUGAUACAGAAGUGGCUGGCUCCAGGUAUAACCAGUUUAGUCCCAUUUCCAGUGCUGACGAGUUUGAUGAUGAUGACAAGAUUGAAGUAGAUGACCCUUUGGACAGGCAAAACAAUUUACCUUGUUUCAGACCAAAUCCUCUUACAGGUCUUAGCUCUAAGCGAGAGGAGCUUCCUUCUAAACUUUCAGGUAAUGGUCCAACUAAAAUGGGAACUAAUGGCAAUUACAACCAUUCAAAAACUGAAAACACUAAUACCAAUGGUAGUUUAGGAAAAUCAAACACCUCUAAUCCUCCAAAACUAAGAAAAACAGAGGACCAACUCAAAGAGGUACUCAAUGGCCAAGAUGGAAAAGAAGCAAGGGAACCAGUUCUUGGGUUGAGUAUGACCAACCUGUCUCAAGCCAAGGCUAAAUCAUCGGCCAAGCUCUCAUCUUGCAUUGCUGCUAUAGCCGCUCUUAGUGCAAAAAAGUCCAGCACGGACUUGACAGCUGCUGAACCAACUGUAAAUAGCCAGGACUCUCCAAAAGAGGCUAAGGAGAGUCCAAAAGUGACAGAAAAGUUCCUAGAGCAAGAGUCAGCCCUGGAGCUUGCCAAGAAAAUGCUUUCCAAGCAGCCCGAGAGUCCUUGUAGUGUUACCAGCGAGAACAGCAGCAAAGGGUCUCCAUCAUCCCCUGCGGGAUCCACCCCUGUCAUUCCUAAAGUGCGCAUUAAAACCAUCAAGACGUCUUCAGGCCAGAUCAAGAGGACUGUCACCAGGGUGCUGCCGGAGUUUGACCCUGAAGGUCUGAAGAAGGGUAUCGACUCGGGAUCCAUUGUAGUAUCUUCCUUCUUGUCUUCCCCCACAUCAAACUCUAUUUUGCCAUCUCCUACCCGAACAUCACUUCCUACCACAGUGGUGGCGACUUCUGGAGGUUCAACCAUUGAAGUCACGAAGCAAAUGACCAUCAAGCCUGUCGCUACUGCCUUUCUACCGGUGUCUGCAGUAAAAACUGCUGGUUCCCAGGUAAUCAACUUAAAAUUGGCCAACAAUACAACAGUAAAAGCCACGGUCAUACCUGCUGCGUCCGUUCAAAGUGCCAGCAGUGCCAUCCUUAAAGCUGCCAAUGCUAUUCAGCAAAAUACCGUUGUGGUACCUGCUUCCAGUCUCACCAACACCAAACUUGUGCCAAAGACUGUCCAUCUUACCAACCUGAACCUCCUUCCCCAAGCUGGAUCAGCCUCCGAGCUCCACCAGGUCCUGUCUAAACCCCAGCAACCCAUCAAACAAGCCAUGAUGGCCAGCCAACCUCCUAAGAAAGUGUCUCGUGUGCAAGUGCUGGCCAGUUCCCAGAGUUCAGUUGUCGAGGCCUUCAACAAGGUCUUGAGCAGCAUCAACCCUGUGCCAGUGUAUGUUCCCAACCUUUGCCCUCCUUCCUCUGCAUGUAUUUCGCUACCAUCCCGUGGCUAUAAAUGCCUCGAGUGCGGUGACUCCUUUGCUCUAGAGAAAAGUCUAACUCAACAUUAUGACAGAAGAAGUGUUCGUAUCGAAGUCACAUGCAACCACUGCUCCAAGAACUUGGUCUUUUACAACAAGUGCAGUCUCCUAUCCCAUGCCAGAGGACACAAAGAUAAAGGCGUGGUCAUGCAGUGUUCCCACCUUAUCUUAAAGCCUAUCCCUGCUGAUCAGAUGAUCCUGACCCCGUCAGUGACCUCUAGUGCUCCCAUUUCAACUACAGGUCACGGCUCUUCUGCAGGAAAUCAGGGUAAAAGUGAAACAACAGUGAUCUCGGCACCUUCUUCGGCUCCUGUAGUGGCUGCCAUGCCCCUAGAUGAAGAUGCUUCCCGGGUGUGUCGAUCAAAUCUCAAGUGCUUGGAGUGUAAUGAGGUGUUUCAGGACGGGUCGUCUCUGGCUAUGCACUAUCAACAGGCUGCUGAGUCGAGUGGACAAAAAACCUGCACCAUCUGCCAAAUGCUGCUGCCAAACCAGUGCAGCUUUGCCUCUCAUCAGCGAAUCCAUCAGCACAAGUCUCCGUACAUCUGCCCAGAGUGCGGCGCCAUCUGUCGCUCCGUCCAUUUCCAAUCCCAUGUCACCAAGAACUGCCUGCACUACACUCGCCGAGUGGGCUACCGAUGUGUCCACUGUAGCGUGAUCUUUGCUGACGUCGCUGCUCUCAAGUCACAUACCCAGGGCUCCCACUGUGAGAUCUUCUACAAAUGCCCUAUCUGCCCGAUGGCCUUCAAAUCUGCUCCAGGCACUCACUCCCACGCCUACACUCAGCACCCGGGUGUGAAGAUUGGAGAGCCGAAGUUGAUCUACAAAUGCUCCAUGUGUGAUACAGUCUUCACCCAGCAGAUUCUGCUCUACACACACUUUGACCAGCACCUUUCCAGUCAGAAAGUGUCUGUCUUCAAAUGUCCGGACUGCUCCAUGCACUAUGCCCAAAAGCAGCUCAUGCUGGAUCACAUCAAGUCGACACAUGGGACGCUUAAGACCAUCGACGGUCCUCCGAACCUCGGCAUUAACCUACCGCUCAGCAGCAAGCCCAUCAACUCCCUGACCCCGAACUCCAACAGCAAAGACUUGGCUCCCCUAAACAACCUGGACAAAGGGGAGAAAAAGCCCGCGUCUCCUGUGAAGAAAAGCGGUAACGGGACUGACAUCCUCAAAAAAAAGCCCGUCUCGUCAUCCGUGUCGUCCUCAUGUCCUGGCUGGACGUGCAAGGAGUGCGACCGUCUCUUCACACAGAGAGAAGUCUUCAUCGCUCAUAUGAAGAGAGAGCAUGGGAAGCAACUGAAGAAGCAUCCAUGCCGUCAGUGUGACAAGUCGUUUAGCUCAUCGCACAGUCUCUGCAGACAUAAUCGAAUCAAACAUAAAGGCGUUCGGAAAGUUUACUCCUGUCCUUACUGUCCUGACUCCACACGCACUUUCAGCAAGAGACUGCUGUUGGAGAAACACAUCCAGCUGAUGCACGGCAUUAAGGAAGCAGAGAGAAAGUCAGUGGUGGAGUCCAGCAGCACGGAGGAGUCCACUGUUAAAGACCAGGUACGCAGUCCCAAACGAAAGCUCAACUCUGACGGCGAGGACGCCGAAGAAGAGGAAGAGGAGGAAGAUGAGGAAGAGCGAUGCGAGGGGAUUCCCCGCCGGGAGCGUACAGGCUCCUCAUGCCCUCAGCCCAUGAAGAAGCUCAAGGUGAGCGUGUUAAAGACUCACAGGUGCGCCGUGUGCAGCUUCUCCACCACCGAGCUCGCGCUUUUCCAGAAGCAUCUCCCGUCACACAAGACGGACGGCUCGUCGCACCAGUGCUCCGAGUGCGGUCUGUGCUACACGUCUCGCCACUCGCUCGCGCGACACCUCUUCAUCGUGCACAAGAUGAAGGAGCCUCCGAGCGCCGAGCAGCAGGAGAACGCUCCGAACGUGCCGGACACACAGUGCAGGGUGUGCGGCAAGACGUUCGACGCCGAGCCGGCUUUAAACACGCAUAUGCGCACGCACGGCAUGGCCUUCAUCAAAUCCAAGAGACUGAGCGCAGCUGAGAAGUGAGUUUUUUUUCCACAGAAAUCUGUCUCAAACACUAAUAUAGAACCAGCUUUGAGACGGAAGCAACCUUCAUAUUCGUAGAGACGGAGACGUAGAGAUACGGAAGCAGGAAAAACAGGAAAAACAGGAAAAAUGCUGGGUUCUUCUGGAAACGUGAAAACGGGAGAUGCGUGGAAAAACACGGCCUUAAACACAUGAACGCACACGUGGGCAAAGACCUUGUAGUUUUUUCAUUGAAAUGUGAAAACGUGGAUAGAAGGUGGACCGUGGAGACGUUAUACGUCUCGUUCCUGCAUCUCACGUAUACACCUCACGUAUAUACGACUUAUAUAUAUACAUACACAUAUAUAUGAGAAAUGUAUAAAUAUAAAUAAGCACACUUGUGUGUUCGAGGAUAUGUAAUAUAUUGAAAGUGGAAUUACUUUACGUGUAUUUAAAUAUAUAUGAAAAAUGCAUUUUGUACACUUUAUGAUAGAUGUUUGUAUGGAUGUUCAAUAGAUCUUUUAUACGGCAGGAGUUUUAUUUUCUAUCAGACCCGUCUCGUCGUCAUGUUCUCGAGCGAGCCGAACGUGUCGAAACCUAGUCUUCGCCAGGUCCCAAACCUGUUCGCUUGGCUUAAACUGGAAUUCAUUUUCCAGCUCAUUUACUAAACUGUUCGUUCAGAUUUGAAAGCCAUUUUAGACAGAAUUGUACCGCAAAUGUAUUCACUAAGCAAAGACAUGUUUGGUGUCUGCAAACCUCAUGUGGAAGUCUGCACGCGCACCUGAGACACCGUUUCACUUUUCAUAAAACAUCAGAAUAAGUCAGGAUUAUCAUCCAAAGCGUUUCCGAUGCACGAUUCGGCAUUCAGAAUGUUCGCCACGCCCCCUGCUCGGGUUUGACACCCGUGUGGAGCGAUGCCGAGCUAGAUUCGGCGACUCGAGUCCAAAGGUUACAUCAAUAUUCAUGCGGGGAAAGUUCAUGAAAUCGUGAUGUGCGUGUGGGGUGAUUUUAUCGCACUUUUAAUUUGCGAUUUUUUUAUUUGUCAGUAAUAAAACAAUGCCUCUGUGUUCAUUCAAAGCAAAACACGCCCACAGUUUGAAGGAUAAGCCGACCGAGCACUCGUCUGCUACGCCUGCAGAGAAGUUCAUUCAUAAUUGUAUCCAUUAAAAUUGGUGAUUGGUCUCCAAUUAACAUGCAUCUCCUCUGGUAUUUAUGUAGAUCUUAAAUAUUGUCCUCAAAGGGUGUUCCAUAGUGUUUUUGAGUGUAUUUACAUCCAAAACACAGAAUCAGGUAACUGGUAACUCUUCGUAAACUUUCGUAAAGUUACGUCUGAGGUAUGAAUACGGCUGUGUGUAAUUAUUUUAGUAUUAAAUCCUCACUGCGCACUUAACGCAACUCUGAAUACUCUGAAUGCAGCAACCUUCAGACACUAAACAUGUCUCGUCAGAUACAGAAACUGCAUUUCUUUUUUUUUUCUAAUCCGUUUCUUUAGACCAAACUGUUUACUCUAUUUUGUCAUCCCUAUUUGUUUCCAUGACCUUUUUUUUAUAUUUUUUUUUGAAUGAUUAUUAAAACACUACAGAUAACAGAUAUUCUAGCACUUUCAGCCACUGCCAGAGGACCACAUCAAACCCAUAUGUCUCAGCAUUCGUCUUUGCUUAAUUUUCUGAAAGUUCCUUACUGAAUUAGAUUUCAUAUCAGAGCUUUGUUUCUGCGUUCAUAUCAAGCAGCACCAUGCUGUUUUUUUUUUUUGUUUUUUUUAAUUACUUUUUUAUUUCCUUUAGUCUGAAAUACACACACAGGGCAAAAUACUGCAUUUAUGGUAUGUUUUAGUACUUACAGUAUGUAACCCUCAAAAUCCGGUUAUUCUGUUCUGCCCUGCUAUUCUGGCCCGUUUUUAAAAUCCCCAAAGAAGAAUCUGUAUGAAAAUAUUCGCCAGAUUUCCUUUCUCACUAAUUCAUAGCCAGGAAUUUGAUUUAGCUAUGCUACGCUGCACACUUGACUCAACCGGUUAUCCUAAUUUGCUUGCUUUCAACAAAAGAAUGUGUCUAUAACCAUUAAACUGGAAUGUUUUCAAAAGCCGUUAGCCGUUAGCUAAGUACGUUUUUCAACAUUUUCAUCCGGUGAGACGUGAGAUGUUGUAUAAGCAAAUAAUAACAAUAAAAAAAAUCUUUAUUACAGUGCUACAUUUGUUCAGAAUUUCCACACGGGACACAGGAUGGAUGUAUUUAUGUGUGUUGUUUUUUUAAAAAAAAAAAAAAAAACUUUUUGGAUAAAUGAAGUUUUGUGAGAACACAUUUGUUUGUGCAUGAGAGAAGCUGUUCUACGAUGGUCGUUUCUUAGGCUGUCUUGCUGCUGUUCCAUAGACUUGUCCGAUGUUUGUGUAAAAAAAACCCCCCACAAAAAUAGUUAUUGUCAAUAAACAAUACAGAAAAUAAACCUGAA